UGUAAACAAACAGAAGCAGCGCGGCCAUUACAGUUACAGAAGAGUUCGACAGAGAGUUGACCGUUGGCUCCGCUGCCGUCGAAUAAACCUUGUUAUCAGAGCUGAAGGUCGGACUGCAGUGAUCGAAACCGUGUGUGUGUCGGUGGUGAGCAGUGAAAUGAAAGACCCGAGUCUGAGCAACGUCUCCCCGAACAUGACGAUCAGCAACGAGGUCAUCCUGAGCAGCCAGUUCAUCUCUGAGGACGACCCGUUCGCUGAGUACCUGUGGAUGGAGAAUGAGGAGGAGUUCAACAGGCAGGUGGAGGAGGAGCUGUGGGAGGAGGAGUUCAUCGAGCGUUGUUUCCAGGAGAUGCUGGAGGAGGAGGAGCAGUGGGAGUGGUUCAUUCCGUCCAGAGACCUCCCCCCUCAGUCGGUCAGUCAGCUGCAGGAGCAGAUCAGCCUGCUGGUUCUGGACGGAGACGUCCACGCAGACGCAGACUUCGAUGUCGUGAUGACGAGCAGUCUGAACCCAAACGCCAAGGAGUUCACCCCGGGCAUCCAGAAACACGUCAUGUGACCCCUCCGGGCUCUGCCCCCUCCCCCGCUGUAGUCAGCACUGUGACAUCACCAACAAGAUGUCUGCCGUAUUUUCCAGCUGCCACUCGACCUUCAGCCUGACGUGUUGCCAAAGUUCUGCGCUCGCCUCGCAUGUGUUCAAGUUCAGAGUACCGUUACCGUUAGUUACUGCAGUCCUCCACCUGUCUGUCUGUCUGACUGAGUGUCUGUACCUCCACCUGCCUGUCUGUCUGUCUGUCUGUGGUAACUCUCUGAAUGUAAAUCAGCUGAGAGGAGUGUUUGUUUUCACUUUAAGAACAAACUGGUUUCUGUUACAAUCAGCUCCGAUGACUCCGAGCUUUCAUUUGCACUUUUAUUUUCUAAAAACCUUAAAAACAAACUGUGUUGAGAUUUUAUUUAGAGUUUAGAUCCGCUUUCAGCUGGUUGUUUUGAGUUCCUUCUCUCUGCUUUCUCUUUGUCUUUCCUCCCAGCAUCCUUUGUGUUGUUCGACCCCUGUUUGACCCUCAGAGCCGCCGGCACUCUGCUGCCUCAUUAACUGAUGUUCGUUUGUGGUUUUUUCUAAAUGCACAUAAAGUACUGUAUAAAAAGUCAUAUAAAGAUAAAAAGUUGUAAAAAAAAUUAUCUAUUUUUUCUUAAUCUAUUUGAAAAUAAAUGUUUAUGGAGAAAAAGUC